AUGAAUCACACACGUGACGACAACAACAACAAUCAGAAUAGUAAUAAUAUAUUUGUUAAAUUACCUUUUUUAAUAUUAAAUUUGAUCUGUAAAAGUAUAGAUGAUAACAUAGACAGAGUUUGUUUUAGUUUAGUUUGUAAAAGAUGGUUUGAUAACAAAGAUAAAUAUCUAUUGUUCAAUCACAACACUUUACCAAUCAGAUCAUCAAAGCCAUUAGAUAAUUACGUAAAUGAACAUAAUAAUAACAUAAACUCUACUUUAAAUUCAUAUCAUUCAAUCUAUUUAAGAUCAUUGAUCAACUAUAAAGCUUCAGUAGUUAUUGGUUCCCAUAUAUUUGAAUCAUAUGAUUAUUAUUAUUAUUAUUUGGACCAGUUAAUGAUAUAUAAACUUGAAUGUUUUCCAACGAAUGUAACAUCGGUUGAUUUAAAUUUAGAGAGAUUUAUCGAUCUAUCUGUUUCUAAUAUUUCCUUUAAUGAACAUUUAAAUAAAAUGUUGUGGUCACCUAUCUCAAAUGUAACGGAAUUGAUACACUGCCGAACCUUGAAAUAUAAACUACCACCGACCAUUAAGAAAAUCUCAUUCUCCCCAAGAUUCAAUGAAGAACUGACUCCAGGUUGUUUUCCUUUGGGUAUCGAAUGUAUAACCCUCAGUAGAUGUUUCAACCGUACCAUUGAACACGGUGUUUUACCAGAGGGUUUGGAAACCAUUGAAUUUGGAUCGGAUUUCCAACAGAAAAUCGAGCCAGGUGUACUUCCAUCAUCUCUACAUACCUUGAGAAUCGGUAGAAGUCAAGGAAUGUCCUUUCUCAAACAGGCUGGAGUAUUACCACCGAAUCUCAAAGUUCUCAGAGCAUCGGGUGUAAUAGUGAAAGCUGGAGUUGGAGUACUACCAACCUCACUCCACACACUGAGUUUCAUACCUGGUAAAUGGAUUUCAUUGUUCAAUCAUCUACCGAACUUAACCAGUUUAAGCUUCUUUGACACCCAUUCCUUGAUUAGAUCACCGUUUACUUUCACUAUUGACCUCUCGCUACUCCCAAUUACCUUAACUUUCUUAUCAUUGAACUCAACCUAUCGAUUGAAAUCAGCAAUGCCACAGUCAAUCAAAUAUCUAUAUCUUUAUCAAUCCACAAUCAAUGGUUUAAUCGAUUUCAAUGAGAUACUUCCAGAGUCAAUUCAAUAUCAUUUCAAAGAAUUCGAAUCAUCUUACUUGCCAACCGAUAAAACCAAUCUAAAGAUUGAUAAAUAUAUUCAAAUAACAUAUAAUCUAGAGCCAGAGAGUGAAGGUAGUUUAUUUUCAAGAGACAUUACAGCCGAAUCUUCACUAAAUUUCGAGAUCAUUCCAUAUUCCAUCAAGUGUUUAAAAGUAAGAUUGAGUGAUCUCAUCAAACGCAAUAUCAAUGCCAACACCAUUGAAACACUGGAAAUCGAAAAGACAACUGAAAAAUUUGAUUUAUUAGCAACACCAUUCGAUGUAAUUCCUCUUUCAACAAGAACAUUGAUUAUCGACUCUAAUUUUCAAUAUCCACUUGUAAUUCCAUCAACCCUCGAAAACAUCAUAUUUAGAGAUAAUCAAAAUAGAUGUACAUUUCAUAUUAGACGUCUUGAUUCAUUCCAUUUUAUUGCAUUUGGAUGGAAUGCCAAUGAAAAGAAAGCUCAAAUCCCUAAUAGUAAAUUGAAAUUCAUAACAAAGAUGUUUCAUAUCUCACAAUUCAAUUCACUUCUAUCAUUCUGUAGUUUAUCUAUUCAAUCAUAA